CGCGCACAGCACCGCGCUCAGCACCGCGCUCAGCACCGCGCACAGCUCCGCUCCAUGAGCCGCCGCCGACGGGGGGGGGGGAGCGGCGCUGACCGCUGCGCCGGGAUGUGAGUGGCGGCGGCUGAGACACGGCUGCCCUGCCGCCCUCGGCCGCGGCACCGGCGACAGAAAAAUGAAAACCUACCCAGUCAUCGGUUUCUUCGUCCUCUUCGUCGUCAGCUAUGGCUCUUCUGAAAACUCCAGCACGCCGAGAGGGUGCGGACUGGACCUCCUGCCGCAGUACGUGUACCUCUGCGACCUGGAUGCCAUCUGGGGAAUAGUUGUGGAGGCGGUUGCUGGAGCAGGUGUGCUGACAACGUUACUGCUGAUGCUGAUUUUGCUGGUGAGGCUGCCCUUCAUCAAGGAAAAGGAGAAGAAGAGCCCCUUGGGAAUGCACUUCCUCUUUCUGUUUGGGACACUUGGACUGUUUGGACUGACAUUUGCUUUCAUCAUCCAGGAAGAUGAAAUGGUGUGCUCUACCCGAAGAUUUCUGUGGGGAGUUAUCUUUGCUUUGUGCUUCUCAUGCUUGCUAGCUCAGGCUUGGAGACUUCGCAGACUAGUUCGGCAUGGGAAGAGUCCAUCUGGCUGGCAUCUGGCUGGUGUGGCCAUCUGCCUGAUGCUUGUUCAGGUCAUCAUUGCAACUGAAUGGUUAAUACUGACAGUUGUCAGAGAUAACAAGAUGGCUUGCAGCUACGAACCAAUGGAUUUUGCUAUGGCUUUGAUUUAUGUUAUGUUCCUGAUGGUAUUUACCAUGGGGUUUUCUCUUUUCACACUCUGUGGAAAGUUUAAGAAAUGGAAGAAAAACGGAGUAUGCCUGAUUAUAACGCUGUUUUUUUCCAUUCUGAUUUGGGUAGCCUGGAUGACUAUGUACCUCUUUGGAAAUGCUGAACUAAAGAGAAGGGACAAAUGGAGUGACCCCACUCUUGCUAUUGCACUGGUGUCCAGUGGUUGGGUGUUUGUUAUUUUUCAUGCUAUCCCAGAGGUCCACUGUACCAUCCUUCCAUCGCAGCAGGAAAACACUCCCAAUUAUUUUGACACUUCUCAGCCAAGGAUGCGUGAAACUGCUUUUGAGGAAGACAUACAGCUUCCUCGGAGCUACAUGGAAAACAAAGCCUUUUCUAUGGAUGAACAUAAUGCAGCGCUAAGGACGGCAGGAUUUCGCAACGGCAGUUUGGGAAGCCGACCCAGUGCUCCUUUUAGAAGCAAUGUUUAUCAGCCAACUGAGAUGGCAGUUGUGCUAAAUGGUGGGACUAUACCAACAGCUCCGCCAAGUUACACUGGACGACACCUCUGGUGAAAGGCUGUAGGCUGUAGAGAAUGAGAGUCCUUGUUGCAGAAUUAUUCCCUGGCAGUGUGUCUUUGAGGGAGGAAUUGAUACCAGUACCAGAACAAAGCAACAGAACAUCCAGGAGCUUGCAAAAUCCCACAGAGGAUUUUGUGUAAAUGUGAACACCGCGGAACGGAUAAACUAACUGCAAAAAGAAAAUUAUAAGUCUGAAGCUAAAUCUGAAUUAAAAUAGAGGUAGGCACACUUCAAAAUGGAAGAGGGGGAUAUUGUAUUCUGCAAUGUGAUGCUCCCUUGUCUGUAACCAGUAACCAGUGUGCAAGGCAAGCCUGAUUCUUUUUGUUGGAUGCCAGCUGCUUGCAAACUACCCUCCUCUCACCUAAACUUAAUUCACGUUGCCACAAGAAAUUGCCACCACAGUGCGAAGACAUGCAGGAUUCCUUUCCAUCUUGCUCCUUUUUCUUUCAUUUCAAAUGUCAUGAAAAGUAUAUUGUUUGCCUCAUUAUCCAGCUGUGCUGUAACAUCACGUGGCAUCACCUGCAGUCCCACGUUACUGCUCUGUGGCAACACCAUUACAAUUAUGCUAUAGGUUGACACUCUUCUCUUUAAAAAGCUCACGUAUGAGAAGCAGUUCUGGAGAGAUGCGAGGUCUGUGUGUGCUUCAUGUGAGCACAGGAGCUUCUUGAGGCAGAGGAGUGCAGGUCCAGCAAAGGCAGCUCAGAAUUGGAUUUCCUCCUGCUCCUCAACCCGGGUGUGAGCGGAGUUGCGCAUUCUCACUUCUGCAGAAGAAGCCGUUAAAGGAGGAUACGCUUUGCAAAGACGUAGCUGGUGAGAGAACGUGACUUGUGUUUGCCACAAGUGCAUUGUUAUAGUAGAUGAAGGGUGAUGUCCAUCGGUGCUGGUGAGCCAGGGCUGGCGCUCAGGAGGUCAGUGGCAGCUGCAGAGCACGACCUCCUGUUGGGAGGAGCGUGGUGCGCGUAGGGCUGAGGCUGCUGCUUCCAAUCCCUGUUCGUAUGGGUAGUCUCAUUGACUGCAGUUGUUUGUGCAUUUAAAUGUGGUUGUGCAUUUUAGUGCCUAGCUGGUAGAAUUUCCGUUCUGAAGGUGGUUAGUUGGUGUUUUUGUUUUUUUAAGGUGGUUUCUUCCUUAUUCCCCACCUCUGCCUCCGCUUUUUCAAGUUAAAAUAUGGCAGACUUUCUCAAAGCUUUCUAUCUUUUGUUUUCCCCAGGUUAUUUAAAAGGCUCCCAUUGCCCAUUGUUUGUGCCAUGGUUUUCAUUAUGUUUAAGCAGUCAUUCCUUUACUUAACAUUUAAUACAUAUCGAACAUCAAAAACAUCACCGUAUCCUCACCAUUUGGCCAGUGUUAAUCUUAGCUUUCCUCAGUUCUAAAAGCAAAUUGUUUUUACUCGAGGGCAUAGUAAACAUUUAACAAACUUUGCAUAUGAUAUAAUAAAGAACUAUAUUUUCAAACCAGAAGAAUAUAACGUACAAAUAACCAAAUAGCUCAGUAGCUUCACAGAAAGAAGUUACUUGCUGUCUACUGCAGAAGAAAGACAAGUAUUCUAUUUUUCAAGAGUCUUCCCAAUUCUCCACUUACCUCCAUUUCUGCUGAACUAGGAACCUAGUCCUGCAGACUGUACUCCCACAAGUAGUCCCUUUGAUACCAGUAAGUCUACAUACAUGUGCAGGGCUGCAAGACCAGUCCCUGAGUGUUGCACACAGAUAUACAAGUGUGUAUAUAUAUAUAUAUAUAUAUAUAUAUGAAGGAAUAUAUAUUGCCAUUCUUGCCAUGAUCAUCUUAUAAGAUUUUACUUCACAUCUCUUCCUUUCCAGAAGCAAUCUUUUUCUGUCAUGCAUGAGUAAAGGAACACAUUCGCUCCAUGUUGGAUAUUCCCACCUGCCCCUCUCUCCUCAAGGCAAAGGAAGCAUGUGCUUGUCUAGGGAUUGCUUAUUUAUUUUAUAAGUAACUAGACGGCCUAAGUAACAAGGUAGGGUAGGAGUAGAUAUUGCAUGCUAUCCAGUGACAUAGAAAUGCGUUUGCUUUGUUUAAAGCAAAUCUUUAAUUAAAUAAGAUAGCAUUUGUGAUAUUUACCCUGAAAACGCAUCACUUGGAACAAAAUAAAAACCGCUUUCAUCGCUUGCCUGUCAAGUUUUGUUUUUAAAAAUCAAAUAAAAGAAAUCACAGAACUCUACUGUAAAAACAUAGAAGAUGACCAUGGCAUAAAUGGCAGGACAGCUUUCUUUUUAAAAGUUUAUCAUGCUACAACUGAGAUUUAGAAACUAUAAUACAACUGUUACAGGCCUUGGACAAAACCAUACAACACGUAGUUCUCUUAAGAAAUGUUUUUUUCUAGAUGUAAUUGAAUUGAUAAAUAGACUUCCCAGUCCUGUUCCUAACGAAGCUGAUUAGAAUUUAAGGCCUUAUGAAAGGAUGGGGCCAGAUCCUACAGGCUGCUUCUGGCAGACUACUGUAGCUGGUUAGUCACCUGGGCCAUUGACAGAAUUACAAAGGGGGGGUGGAGGAGGUGGGCAGGAUUGGUCUUAAUUUGUGGUGGUGAGGGUGUGGCAAUAGAUUAGGAAGGUCUUUAUUUUCCAACUUAGUACAAUUAGUAAUAAGCAACUUUUUUUUCAGUAAGUCACUGGUUCAUGAUGUUAAAAGCCCCAAAUAGAAACAUGAUUGAAGAAAGGCACCUUUAUGUUAGCUUACACUUCUGUUACAGUCAACAGUUUGUUUACUUUUGCCUUUCAUGAGUUAUCUGGAGUGUAAAGCAUCUGUGAACAAAAUAAUAGGUGUAAGCACAAGCCUUUCGCGGUUCAGUUAAUUAGAAUUUCAUAGUAUAAAAGCUACUGCAUUGCCCCUUGAUAGCUAUGUGAUCAUGGUGUUUCCAUACAGAAAAGUGAAACUGUAAAACAUCUGAAAAAUUGGUUCCAGAACAAGAUUUUUAAUGAUUGGCCUCUACAGUGGCCAAGAGUUCAGAGCCAUAACUUUUGCAGGUCCCGUCCUGCUUUCAGGGGAGCAGAGGGUGUCUGACACUGGCCAGAAAAUAUGUAGCAUCUUCAGAACAGCACCCUCAGGCCAUAUGCUUGUUUCUAUAAACAAGGUACAUGAAAUACAGAACUGGUUAUGUCUGUUUUUAGUAUAAACACAGGCAUCUUGGUUGGCUUUGGAGCUUGAUGGAUGCCUUGGGCUUGACCAAAGGCAGUGGAAAAGGGAGCACUGUAGCUUUUAUAAUAAAAUAAUUGGACUACUCUACCAACUUACAGGAUUACAAAGCAGGUGCAUUUUAUUAAUUGAUGAGAGCUAAAGCUCAUUUUUGAUAGAUAAUAUAUAUUUAUUAAAUAUAUUAAUGCGUGUUUUAUAACGUACCCUUUUUUCUGCUGAUUGUUGCAUACACUGGUAUCUUAAGUACAUCUUUAAAGGAUUUUCAAGACAAUCAACGCAUACCAUGAUGUCUGUACAUACGUAUACAAAACUAAAAAGGUUGUAAAGCAUGGGCAAAUGUUUUAUUUUCAAAAUGCUGUUCUUAACGAGAAUAAAGGCUUUACUAUUUACUUACAA